AUGCGCAUGUUUCAUAUUGUCACUACGCUGGGCAAGAAAAUUCCACUCGAUAUAUCAGAAAUCGAUGAGACGUGCGUCCUCGCCGAUGUUGAGGCGAUGUACAAUGGUCGUAACCCGGAUAGUGAGGACGAAGCCGAGGACUACUUCAUCAAAAGCUUCGCAUCAGUCGAGUAUCCUUUAUUCGAUUCUUUGUCGAAUAUGUUCGAGCUGGUGUGCGAUGACGUUCACUGCCCCAAAGACUUGCGCCGCAAAGCCAUGGCUUCCAUCCUAGAGAAGGCGUUAUUAGUCGUCGCGAAAGGCGGUGUUUCCACAAUCAGUGACCGGUACUAUCAAUCAUUCAUGUUUAUGGGCUCCGGGUUAUCCACAGAAAGAGCCCACGUCGCAUACGCAGAGCUCUUCCAAGCUGUUACGGAGAAAUUAUAUAUUGCAACGGGUGAUGGCUCCGUUGUUAGUGAAAUGCUCCAGCAAACUAUGUCAGAUAGUUCAUGGGUCAACUCAGAUCAGCUAGUGAAACUGGUCUCAAAGCCACAUAGCACGAGAAACAGCGGACGGCGGGGCUGCAGCUUGGGAAAAAUUGUUCUCGUCGCCCCCGCCGCCCGUACUGACAUACAACGCUGUCGCGUUUUCGAAAAAGCACAACAGAUUCUACCGCCAGUCGCGAUCCCGACCUUCAUUGAGCGGCUCUUUACAUUCAACCGACACAGCCCCGUGACUGGGCUCGACCGCACGUUUCCCGUUCAAGAUCCAACUCGGAAGCACAUCCAGUACAGCUUCAACGACCCCAACGACUUUAAAUUCGAGACACAAAUGGGAAGAUUGCCGCAUACACUUGUCAUUCACAAGACUAAUAAUCAAUACAUGCGCGCACUGCAGGAGUCGAACAAGGAAAUUGAUGCUCUUCACACUCAGCUGCAGAGCAUGAGGAGCGAAUUCUUGGAAACCAUACUGGGAGGCAAUGUGGUGACGAUUGCACGUGUUGGCAAGUCAGGUUUAAUGGGGGCUGCAACUGGAACUGCGGCAGAAGCUGGGGCUGAAGGAACAGGACAACCACCACCACCAGCUUCCCAUCAACCGUUACAGCCUUUAUCCGCUUCGGCGGUGAAUUCAACAACGGCGCAUCCAUCCCUCCCUCCUCUGUAUACUAUCUUGAAGCCGUUGCAGCCUACAUCCGCGUCGAUGCCGAUUUCGGCAACGCCGCGUUCAACUUUACCGCCUAUAUCCGGUGGCCAGAAGCCGUAUAUCAUUGAUCUGACUGAGGAUGAGGAACCUGAUAGGGUGGCCGCUGAGUAA